CUGUUUGCCUUGUUGGCUGAAGGAAUGUAAACUGGCUGCUGGGUGGAUUGUGUUCUCACUGUUCACUGAUGGUGAAUUGUCUACCUUGUCAGUCACGCCUAAUUCCGGCAUUUACUGCUCACAGAAAAGCAUUUCUUCCGUGAAUGUACUUGCUCAUUCGCAUUCGUGUCUUUGUUUUCGCUUGACACGGUGCCGUGCACGGCCCCACUCACAAACAAGCGCCGAUACCAUCGUCGGAGGGUACAGCUCCGCAUGGUGAGAGACACGUACCACUACCGCCG